AUGGAGAACUCUCACGAAAUUACCGACUCAACCGACUGGUUAGAUACUCCACUCAAGUUGCUCGCGCCUCUCGAGUCCGCCCUCCGAUGUCAAGUCUGCAAAGACUUCUACGAUACACCGAUGAUCACCUCGUGCUCGCACACUUUUUGCUCACUUUGUAUACGUCGCUGCCUUAGUUCCGACGGCAGAUGUCCCGCCUGCCGGGAAGGAGACCAGGUGUUAAAACUGCGUCGCAACUGGGCAGUGCAAGAACUAUUGAAUACAUUUAACACGGCGCGACCUGCUGUGUUGGAACUCGCUCGAAACUUCAAGUCGAUGAAGGACCAGGAAUCAAAUCGCGUCCCGGAGCCCCAACAUAAGAAGCGCAAAGCAAAUCAUAUGGAGCAGCCAGAGGUGGUUUCCUUAGUGGAAGCUAGCCCCCCGCGGCUACGGACAAGAUCAAGGAGCACCCAAGUUGUGCAGCAAGCGCCAGAAGAUAUACCACAAGUAGUUGAUGAUAGCCAGGGCGAGGGCGAGGAAGAGGAAUAUAUACCAGCCGGCAUGACCACAUGCCCUGUCUGUGCACGAUCUAUGACGAUACAGGCCGUCAGUAGUCAUAUUGACAGAUGCCUUGCUGAAAGCGAAGCAGCCCAAGCACCACCGAGUAGGCACCAAUCAACUUUCGGACUGCUCCCACGCGCGCAAAAUUCACCCAACAAACAACUAAAUAGACUGCCCACCUUGAAUUACGAUGUUAUGAACCAAAGCCAGUUGCGAAAAAAGUUCAAGGAGCUCGGCAUUCCAGCAGAGGGGGCCAAAGAUCUUAUGAAAAGACGCCACACAGAAUGGGUUAACUUAUGGAAUGCAAACUGUGACUCCCAAAAUCCCAAAUCCAGAAUGCAAUUGCUGCGCGAGCUGAGAGUGUGGGAAGAUACACAAGGCGGGGGCUCAAUGAGACCUGUUUUCGAUAGAAACAACGUCACUGGGAAAGACUUUGAUGCAGCUGGGUGGUCUGCAAACCAUAACGACGACUUCAAGCGGCUUAUCGCAAGUGCUCGUAAGAAGACCGAUGCCCAGGUACGAUCCACCAUUCCAGGAGCAUCUGAAGCGAAUGGGCCAGCAUCAACACCCCCAGAUGGGUUGCAAAACAACGUUGUUGAGGAUCUCGACGAUUAUUGA